UAUAGUAUUGGUGUUCCUACGAGGAAUUUCAGUAUGAUUUAUAACAAUAAAAACGAUUCAAUACAAUUAUUUUAGUAAUUUAGUGUUUUUGUGGUCCAACACCUCUUACGAUACCGUAAAAACAUUUCGCACAUAAUUUACGAAAGUUCCUUUUAAGUUCAGUAUUUGAUGAAUACGAUAUUGUUAAAGAAACGGCUGCAUCAGUCUACACGUCCUUGUGUUCAAUUGAAUGUACGAAUGCCCUAACCCGACGAUACGUGUUGUCGAUAGCGCCAGUAUCGCCCUGCUGUGUGGCGUGUUCGUGCUGUUCCUUCGUUCGUCCGACAGUGAUACCGUGUACGAGUUCAGUGACGUCAAAUACUUCCACUAUGACCGCAACGUGGAUGAUCCCUAUGGUGUUUACAACUGGCCCAAGACGUUUUCCCGCGAAUGCAAUGGUCAGCAACAGUCUCCUGUGAAUAUUGAGACUGGAAGUCUCUCCGUGGACGAGUUCGCCUCAUGUCCGACGAUGGUCUAUAACAGCCCCGUAGUUCAGGGGACGCUCAUCAACAAUGGCCAUUCAGCUGAGUUCCUUUUUUAUCCCGGUGAUCUAGCGGCGUACAAUAUCCCACACCGUUACGGCAUGUACAUCGCGCACGACUUCCACGUGCAUUAUGGUGGCUUGUUUGAAAGCACGACCUUUGACAACCAGAUCUCUCCCGGUUCUGAGCACACGGUCAACGGGUACCGCUAUGACGGCGAGCUGCACAUCGUGAUGUACAACAGCCGCUAUGGAAGUAUCGAGGAGGCAGAGCAUCACGCGGACGGCUUGGCGGUCCUCGCCUUCUUCAUACACAAACAACCCGACAGUUUAGACUUUGGGAACAGAAACAUGCACUUUUCGAUUUUCCUUGGAAGCAACUUACCUUACAUCGCUAAUAUCAAUUUCUCCAUUAGCACCUCUCUGAAUCUUGACGUCUUCCGCCGCCAACCUUGCGAAUUCUACACGUAUUCCGGAAGUACGACAACCCCGCUAUGCAAUCAGGCGGUACAGUGGGUCAUCUUCCGGGAGCCUCUUCUCGUCUCUCGGUCGGCGUGGUCCGCGAUUCAGCUGCUGGAAUUCACGGGCGACUACGACAACCGCUAUGGCAACUUCCGGGUGCUGCAGCCGCUCAACGGCCGAGUCGUGGAGAGCAACUUUGUGCCUACUUUCUGAGCUGCAUAUUUAAAAGAACGUUUAAUGAUCACAAGAUUGAAAUUGUAACAAUAUAAUUGUAGUAAAACUUGUAUUAAGAAAGCACAUAGAGAAUGUAAAGUUAGUGUUUUGCACUUGAGUUUAUCCGUUAAAGAAAGGCAAGCCUUACCGUAUAGUGUUUUGGAGAUGAGUAGGAUACAUUCAAGUAAAAAAAAGACGCUAACUUAAUAUUCUAUUCAUCCUACCGUUUAUUUUUUUUAUUUUUGCUGAUACAAUACUAAAGUUGUUUUUUUUUUCAAAUAAUAUCCUACAACGGAUUAAAUGAGUUUAUUACUCUAUUAAUCUAAUCUAAUUAGUCUAACCUUGCGUAGUAAUAUUACAAUUUGUGUGAUCGACGACACUCUGAAUAGUCCUUUGACAAAAGCACAGUUACAAGACCUACUGUUUCUGAAUGCCGCGAUUUAAAUUUAACCCGAAUUCCAAGUGUUACACACUAGAGAGCAACAUCGGUUUUGUUUGAACUAAAAUUCAUUUUUUAACCAACGAAAAUACCACAAACAAAAACGUCCGUCAUUAAAAACUUCCAAACGUUAAAAUAGAGCGAUAUUGUUUUUUUGUAAUCCAUUAACAAUUUUUUCUUAACUUCUUUUUUGACACAACUUUUACUAAGUCGCAUAAAAAGUCAGGCCUCUACUGGCUCUUGCUCUUUUAAACAAAGUUUUGUAUGGAUAAUCUCACUGUUUUAAUUUCCGUCAAAUUCCGUGGAAAAUAUGCACAUGACAAAACAGAUAAUUAAAAGAUACAUAAAA